AUGUCUCAAGUUCUCGGAUUUUCCGGAGGUGAUGACUUUUGCUCUGGGGGAUCAAUAUACGCCAACCCCAAGGAAGCAAGUUUCUUCCUUUCUCUUGGCCCUCAAGUUGAUGUAUACUUUCCUCCUAGGAAGAGAUCGCGCGUCAAUGCUCCAUUCAUUUUGGAUGGAGAAUGGUUUGAGCAAAAGCAGAAAACCUCUGUUGAAGCCUUGCCGGAUGAGUGUCUCUUUGAGAUCUUUAGAAGGUUGCCAGCUGGUGAGGACAGGAGUGCGUGUGCUUGCGUUUCCAAGCGCUGGCUUAUGCUUCUGAGCAGUAUUUGCAAAGAUGAAAUCUGUGUCAACAAAAAUACCAGCGCAGGAAACAUUGAAAAGGAGGGUGAUGAUGUAGAAUUUGGAGGUGAUGGAUACCUCUCUCGGAACUUGGAAGGAAAGAAGGCCACAGAUGUUAGACUGGCUGCCAUAGCUGUUGGGACUGCAUCUCGGGGAGGGUUGGGGAAGCUUUCUAUCCGAGGAAACAACAUGUUUCGCGGGGUGACUAGUCUUGGUCUCAAGGCAGUUGCUCAUGGAUGCCCUUCUUUGAAGUCUCUUUCUCUAUGGAAUGUUUCUUCUGUUGAUGAUGAGGGCCUAAUUGAGAUUGCUAAUGGUUGUCACCAGCUAGAGAAGCUCGACCUUUGCAAGUGCCCCACAAUUACUGAUAAGGGUUUAGUUGCAAUUGCAAAGAACUGCCAGAAUCUGACCGAUCUGUUGUUGGAAUCAUGCCCUAAUGUUGGUAAUGAAGGUCUGCGAGCUAUUGGGAAGUUCUGCCCCAAUCUAAAGUCCAUAACCAUCAAGGACUGCACUGGUGUUAGUGAUCAGGGAAUUGCUGGAUUGUUUUCAACUUCUUUGGUUCUGACAAAGGUGAAGCUCCAGGGACUGUUUGUUUCAGAUCUCUCUCUAGCUGUUAUUGGACAUUAUGGCAAGUCAGUUACUGAUCUUGUCCUUAAUUGUCUCCCUAAUGUCAGUGAGAAGGGGUUCUGGGUAAUGGGUAAUGGUACUGGAUUGCAGAAGCUGAAGUCACUCACAGUUUCAUCCUGCAGAGGAGUAACUGAUAUUGGACUUGAAGCUGUAGGAAAGGGUUGUCCAAAUCUGAAAAUUGCACAUCUUCACAAGUGUGCAUUUCUGUCAGACAAUGGGUUGAUAUCGUUUGCUAAGGCUGCUUUAUCACUCGAGAGCCUUCGAUUGGAGGAGUGCCACAGAAUCACCCAAUUUGGAUUUUUUGGUGUCCUUUUUAACUGUGGUGCAAAAUUGAAGGCCAUCUCUUUGGUGAGAUGCUACGGAAUCAAGGACCUGAAUUUGGUGUUGCCUACUAUAUCUCCAUGUGAAUCGCUUAGGUCAUUAACUAUCUCCAACUGUCCUGGAUUUGGCAAUGCCUCCCUAUCUGUAUUGGGAAAGCUGUGCCCUAAGCUUCAGCAUGUUGAACUGAGUGGAUUGGAUGGAGUGACUGAUGCCGGGCUUCUUCCACUGCUUGAGAGUUCUGAGGCUGGAUUAGUUAAAGUGAAUCUCAGUGGUUGCACAAAUGUCACGGACAAAGUAGUUUCAUCCAUGGCCAAUCUUCAUGGUUGGACUCUUGAGAACCUUAACCUUGAUGGCUGUAAAAACAUCAGUGAUGCUAGCUUGAUGGCAAUUGCUGAAAACUGUGCAUUGCUAUGCGAUCUUGAUGUCUCCAAGUGCUCAAUCACAGAUGCUGGCGUAGCAGCCCUGGCACAUGCCCAACAAAUUAAUCUGCAAAUUCUCUCUCUGUCAAGUUGCACUUUGGUCUCAGACAGGAUCUUGCCCGCCUUGAGAAAAUUGGGCCGCACCCUUUUGGGACUAAACAUCCAGCACUGCAAUGCGAUUAACAGCAGCACAGUUGACGUGCUUCUGGAGCUUCUCUGGAGGUGUGACAUCCUCUCAUAG